AUGGGAGCAGUCCAAUCUUUUCGGCUCCCUUUGAGGCCAGCGUGGCGGCGAGAGGCACGGCAGCUUCGACGAACACAAUCAGUAAAUCUUCUUCGAGAACCAAGAGCAGGAAGACCAUCAUAUGCAUUCCAGCGACGAAGCCAUGCCCCGCAUAUUGACGACGCCGUCCACUUCUCCAUCGAAGCCGCCGUUGACGAACACGGCACCCAUAUCGCCGCCGGUAGUGUCGACUCAUGGACCGCCUUCGAGGCACCAGAUGCCAACAGGAUUGCGUCAGCCAUGUCGCGGCAGAGACCUGGGACGAUAUCGUUGGAAGAUUUAUUGAAGAUGACCAUUCCCUUCUCAGAUGGGGAUCGAAUCUUCCCCUCAGCUACACGAGGUAGCGUCCUUAUCAUUGAAUUUCGACGCCGUCGGCACAAUAUGGAGCUAUAUUAUACGGAAGGCACCAUGAAACCCAUCGGACGUCGAAAACUGGGCCCCGCAGAGCACCUCCAGCUUGCCGAUAUCAGUUGGAUGCACGUUUUCCUCUCUAAUGCGGAUCAUGCCCUCCACAGAUGCCCAGAAUACGUCGAGGCUCCGGACUGCUGCAAUUCCAACCUAUCCACCUGGUAG